AUGUCAAGGCAGGCUGAACUCCCUCCCCGAUGUCCAGUCCAAAAGAAAUUUUCACUCUACCAAGCGGAAACCCCUGUUUCUGGACCUUCAUUCAUGGAUAGUGAAUUCCAUAAAGGGAUAUGUGGACAUCAAAAACCCAUCUUCAAUGGCUCUUUAUCAGACAACCACCCAGAGUGGCUUGAUGAUUUAUUCAGUGAAUCAGACUCAAAUUACAAGGUCUCAUUGCAUCGUCGUGCUGCUAGUGAUUGUUUGGCCCUUUUUUCCAGUCAAUCAACAUUUCGAGAUCUGGAUCAACAUUAUGGAGUAGAAGUUACAGAGUUUUGCGUACAUGAUGAUGGGUUGGGUUCUAGUUGUGGUUAUGGUCCCAAUUCCCCCCGAUGCAAAAAUGUGUUAGACUCUCAUGAAAAAGAAAUUGUUUCAGCAAUUUCCGAGUAUGCCUUGCAGAACCCUCUGCAACAUUUAGAUGGAUAUGAUAUUCCUGCUCAUUCAGUCCCUUAUUCUAGUUCACUUGGUGGUACUUGUGCCUUGGCAGGUGAGAUUAAUACUGGAAGCAAGCCAAUGGGAUGUCACCCAGGGAAAAGGUCUCGAGCUCGAAAACUCCAGUGCGUUGCAGAACUGGAAAGAAGCGUCGAUCUUCUUCAGAAUCUUGGGUCAGAAUUGACUAUUAGAAUUGCAUCCCAAAUUCAGCAACAUAACGCUUUGUUAAUGGAGAACGACAAACUAAAGCAACAAUUGAGAAUAAUGCAGCAAGAGAAAUUCAUGGUGAGUGGCUUUCUCUAAAGAAAGAAGAAAAGAAGUUGAAAACCUACUUAGCUAUUUCAUCCAACAAGGUCCACUUCAGGCCACACUCUGCUGCUUACCCGGCCACCAUUCAAACAACGUGUGGGAAGCAUUAGACAUGAGGGAAC